GUCAACUACCAUUCCUCAUUGCUUUUUUUUUUCUCACCUCCCAUUCUUCUUUCCAAAGGUCCACACCAUCAAGACCUUUGUCUCCUAGGACUCUCCCUGUCCAGAUAUAUCUCCCUAUUAAUACUACUUACAGCCCUCUCUUCCAUUUCCAAACCCCUACACUCCAAAGUGCAGUUGCUUCUUAUUUAUUUGCUUCUUCAUUCAACACAUAAAUCAUUAUUAGCCCUUGAAGAGUUCUCACACCUGGCACUUUUGUUUUGGACUACAAUGGCUGACCUUGAACACUCUACUUCUGAUGAUGCCUCUGUGGACUCUAGAGAAGACCCCAGUCAAGAUUCCAAACUUGAAUUUUCAGAGGAUGAGGAAACACUGAUCACUAGGAUGUACAAUCUGGUUGGAGAAAGGUGGUCUCUCAUUGCCGGGAGAAUCCCAGGAAGAACUGCAGAGGAAAUUGAAAAGUAUUGGAAUUCAAGAUAUUCCACAAGUGGAUGAAAUGCCAGGAAAAUCUUUGGUGUGGUCUCAACAAGAGCAAGAAAAUUUUGGAGUGCUUCUAGCAAUGUUUUGUUAAUUAAGCAGAGAAUUUCUGAAGAAGAACUGGUGUGAUGCUAUUGGGGACAUUUUAAAGAUGCUAGUGUUUGUACAAUGGUUUGGUGUGUUGAAUUGUUUGGUAUUUUGGUCAUCAAUUUCCCCCUUUCUGUGCAAUGAAAUAUCAUGAUUUGAAAA